GAUGAGGCCCGCGCUGCAGCGGGAGCAAUCUUCAAACACCCGGAGAACGCUCCGAUCCAACAUCUGUAGCCAUUUGGGCUCAAGUUACCUGUCGCUGUGGUUUUCGCAUAUCCGCUACCCGUUCAGAUCUCCACGCUCCCAAGAUGCGCGGGCUUCUUCUCGGCGCAGCUUCUGCCGCCGCCGUCAGUGGAUUGCAGGUCACUGACCCGCAGGAGCCUAUGCAGUUGAUGGGAUCCCGCGUCGUGUCCGCCCUGGACCCGGAGUUGACCAACACGCUCGGCGAGAAGUUCCAUGUGACUUUGCCUGGAGAGUGGAAUUUGAUUGGGAUUCCCAGGGGGUUCGACCCGUCCAACGCAGGAGCUGCGGAUUUGGUGGUCAAUGCGACUAUUGAGGAUGUGGGGUUGAAAGAUUGCGACGACCUUCUCAUUCGUAAGGUGUCGGUCUUCGGCCAAAAGUUGGGGAGCAACAUCACUUCUCUGGAGUUUUCGGUCGGCAGCGAUGUCUUCAACGAAACUGCCGCUAUGGGGCUGAUCGUCAACACGCCGUCUGGGUCCACCAAUGCCACCGACGAUCCGGCAGCUUUCGUCCAGCUGGUGCCACAAUGCCAGAUCACGCGUCCUCGGGGCCCCAUCGCGGAGCCCACCAAAAACAGUUUCCGCAAGCGCACGAAGCUUUUCACCGCGGUUUGUUCCUUGGAGAACGGCGCAAACGUAAUCACCGUGACUUGGUCUACCGUAUGGCGCGGAUUCAACGCAGGAAGCGUGUACUACCAGAACGACCUGGAGGCGUUCGUGUCGGGGGUCGGGGACGAUCCCGCAGGCCUCCUUGGCCCGGACGAUCACACGGAGGCCAGCCGGAUGGUCACUGGGUGUUUCAAGCCGCAGCCCGUAAACGGCCCUUUCCAGAGUAGGAAAAAGGCUUGAUUGGACGCUUGAGAUGUACAUCGAGCCUCACGGCUGCUGAGGAAGCCGCAGGGUGAUUUUUGUUCGUCGGUGGAGGUUGUUGGCCCCCGCCGUCCUGACCGCUGAGUCUGAACAAAAGAGAGCGCUCCGAUCGAAAGCAAGCACAGGAAAUAAC